AUGCUGCUCUUCUGCGUGUUUCUUCUCGUGGUGGCAACUUCGGUACAGGCGUCAUCUCGUUAUCGUUACAGCAAUGGAUAUUUUGUUCAAGGAAAUCGUAAUCUGCUUAUCCCAACGACGAACCCGCUUCGUAUGGGUCUUGUAGAAGGGAAAAGCUGGCAGCACGUACACGAUAAAAUAGACGAGAGGCAGCGAAAUGGGGUUCAUAUGAAGCUUAUUGUCUUCUUGCGUCAUGGUGAAGGAACGCAUAACGUUGCUAUCGAGAAGUAUGGUAGUGAAGCGUGGAAUUCAUACUAUUGCAAGCUACCAGAGUAUUUGGACGCACCCCUGACAGAUAAAGGAGUCAAGCAAGCAGAAGAAACAUCGAAGAAGCUGAACGCCGAGAUUGGAAAUGGUUUACUGCUUCAACACGUGCUUGUCUCGCCGCUUGAGCGUGCGCUGCGAACAUCCAUCAUCGCGUACCAGAACCAGACUACCAAGCUGAGCAUAAAAUCAAUAGAAUUGCCCCGAGAGGUGCUGGGUGUCGAUACGUGUGAUAAACGACGAAAUAUCUCUGAGAAAAAGCUCGAAUACCGGGAGGUGGACUUUAGUGGUUUCGAAUCCAAUGAAGAUCCAUGGUGGACUCCAGACUAUCGAGAAAGUGACGUCGAGCUGGAGAUCCGUGCAACCAAGUUCCUGGAUUUCAUUUUCUCAAACUCAUCGGCAAAAAGUAUUGGUGUAGUUUCGCAUAGUGUGUUUGGUGCUGCACUUUUGCGCGUAGUCGGACAUCGCGAGUACAGCCUUGGGACGGCCGAGUUAUUGCCACUUCUUAUUGAAAAUUUACCAGAAAGUAAACUUUGA